UCCCGGCCCAAUGCGGCGCCGGGGCGGGCAAUGUUGACGUCCCGCCGGGAGCGGACAGUGGGUCACGGCGGGGCGGGCGGCGGCCCGAGGACCCCCGCGUCCAGCAGGUCCCUCGCCGCGGAGUCCGGGCCGGCUCGCCGCCGUCAUGGCCAGGCGCCCCCGGAGCAGCCGGGCGUGGCGCUUUGUCCUGAGCGCGGCCCGCCGGGAUGCGGCCGAGAGCGGCUACAACUCUGACGGGCAGCACAGCGAUUCCGACUCGGACGCCGAGUACGCGUCCUUGCCCCCGGCCAUCCCCAGCGCCGUGCCCGUGACCGGGGAGUCCUUCUGCGACUGUGCCGGCCAGAGCGAGGCCUCGCCGCGCAGCCUGCACGCCGCGCACCUGAGCAAGGACUGCCGCUGCGGGGAGGAGGCGGAGCACUUCGACUGGGUCUGGGAUGACCUGAAUAAGUCCUCCGCCACCCUGCUGAGCUGCGACAACCGCAAGGUCAGCUUCCACACUGACUACAGCUGUGGCACAGCGGCCGUCCGGGGCACCAAGGAGCUGGGCCAGGGCCAGCACUUCUGGGAGAUCAAGAUGACCUCGCCCGUGUAUGGCACCGACAUGAUGGUGGGCAUCGGGACAUCAGACGUGGACCUGGACAAGUACCACCACACGUUCUGCAGCCUGCUGGGCAGAGACGAGGCCAGCUGGGGCCUCUCCUACACAGGGCUCCUUCACCACAAGGGCGACAAGACGAGCUUCUCCCCACGGUUCGGUCAGGGCUCCAUCAUCGGGGUGCACCUGGACGCGUGGCACGGGACUCUGACGUUCUUCAAGAACAGGAAGUUCAUAGGAGUGGCCGCCACCAAGCUGUGGGACAGGAAGUUCUACCCCAUGGUGUGCUCCACAGCUGCCAGGAGCAGCAUGAAGGUGAUCCGCUCGUGCGCCAGCUCCACCUCCCUGCAGUAUCUGUGCUGCUACCGCCUGCGCCAGCUGCGGCCACACUCGGGGGACACGCUGGAGGGCCUGCCCCUGCCGCCCGGCCUGAAGCAGCUGCUGCACGACAAGCUGGGCUGGGUGCUGGGCAUGAGCUGCAGCCCGCACCUGCGCCCUCGCCCGCAGCCGCCCCAGCCAGGACUGAGACCAGGCCCUGUCAGAGGAAACGCCGCCGCCGGAGCUGACGCCCGGCUGUCCUCUCUCUGCCCGCGGCCCACGUAG